AUGGACCUCUGCUACACCUCCACUGUGGUCCCCAGGUUAAUCAGGGACUUAGGCGCAGCAAGAAAAAAUAUUUCAUAUAACAACUGUAUGACCCAGCUCUUCACUGCCCACUUGCUGGCAGGUGUGGAGAUAUUCAUCUUGGUGUCCAUGGCUUUAGACCGCUAUGUUGCCAUUGUCAAGCCCCUGCACUACAUGGUUAUCAUGAACCGGCAGAGGUGUAGCAUGUUGAUCUUCAUGGCCUGGGGUGUGGGGUUUUGGCACUCUGUCGCUCUACUGCUGGUGGUACUCAAUUUACCUUUCUGUGGUCCCAAUCAAAUAGAUCACUACAUAUGUGAUGUGAAGCCUCUUUUGAAACUGGUGUGCAAAGACAUUCAUGUUGUUAAUAUCUUAAUGAUUGCAAACUCAGGAAUGGUGGUGGUUGCUGUCUUUCUUGUCCUGGUGGCUUCUUACAUUCUCAUAUUAUAUAAUCUUAGGACCUGCUCCUCUCUAGGGCGACGCAAAGCUCUCUCAACCUGCAGCUCUCAUGUAAUGGUGGUCAUUUUAUUCUUUGUGCCUUGUAUCUAUAUUUAUGUUCUACCUGCAGGGAGUGAGAACAAGGAUAAGGAAAUCUCUGUAUUUUACACUGUGAUUGCCCCCAUGCUGAAUCCUCUCAUCUAUACCCUGAGAAACAUGGAGAUGAGAAUUGCCAUGUGGAAGGUGUGGUCUAAAAUGGCCCACUCAAAAUUCAGGUAG